AAUUUAAUGUCUAUAAAGCGUGUAUAAUGAAAGGAUAACUGGUGCCUAUCUCGAAUUGUCUCAAAUAUAUUUUUUAAAAGUAUAUAAGUGAUUUAUUCUGCUGCAUUAUAAUUAAUACUAAUUUGAAAAGGAACUAAAAGUUUCAGAAAAGGCUACCGGCCUCGGUGGAUAAGUUCUUUCUUGAAUUCUCUUUAUUCCUAUAUAUCGCUCAACGUCUAAACUUCGUUAUGUCGCAACUAGAAACUUGGGUAAAUGAUAAGUUGCAUGAUAUUGUUGGAAUGUCCAACAGACAGCUGACAGAAUUUAUGAUUGGGCUUGGAAAACGAGCCGUUACUCCUGAAGAAUUUAUUGAAAAGUUAAGAGAUACUAAUACAAUAGCAAUAGAUGAUGUUUCUUCGAAUUUUGCUGUAGAACUUUGGCACAAGUUACCUCAUAAAAAUGUUGUAAAGCAGGCGAGAAUUACCGAAGCUCAAUCAAUAGCUGAACAAAAACGCCAGAGAAGCUAUCAACUUGUAUCAGAGGAUAGUGAUGAGGAUGAACGGCCCAAAGUUAAAAAAUCUAAAAGAGAAAAAUCUACAAGACUGACAAGAAAUAUACGGCGUCGAAAAGCUUCUAGCAGUGAAGAGAGUGAAGAAGAACCUGAACCAGUUCGAUCUUCAAAACCGAAGAAAGAAGAAUCAUCUGAAGACGAAUAUGAUAAAUUGGAAAGGGAGCGUAUACAAGAUCUUAAGGAAAGAGAUGAACUCUCAGAGAGAAUCAAGGAAAAAGACAAAAAUUCUACUCGUAAUAUUAUGUCUAAGAGUGACAAGAAAGCAUAUGAAGAGGCUGCAAAACGGUUAAAAAUGCAAAAGCAAGACAAACAAAAAAUUGUACCGGAACUUCGGGACAAAUCUCGUAAAGAGUAUCUUGAAAAAAGAAGAAAAGAAAAGAUUGAUGAUUUAGAGUUGCAAAUUCAAGAAGAAGAAUACUAUUUUAAGGAUACUAAAUUAACAGAGAAAGAAAAGCAGCGCUUAAUGGAGAAAAAACAACAGUUGGAACUAGCGAGAGGUCACCAAAGAGCGGCUGACAUUAUGAAAAGAGACCGCUACUAUAUUCCCAAAGAGGGAGUUAAACCAGACAACAGAUAUGUUGAGGAAACUGAAAAAGGUAUUAACGAAAUGGCCUUAUGGGAGGAACAACAUGUAAAGGCAGCUCUAACAUCAUAUGGGUCUAAGGAUGCAGCCGGGCAAAAAAAAAAAGAAUAUGACAUGAUAAUGGACGAAGAAAUUGAGUUUGUCCAAACUAUAAAAAUGCCAGGGACAGGUGGCAAAAAAAAUAAAGUGCAACUAACUGAACAAGAUAUGAAGAAACUUUCAAUUGAAGAAACUAAAAGGUCUCUUCCCAUUUAUCCAUUCAAAGAAUCCCUUAUUGAAGCUGUUAGGGACCAUCAGGUCUUAAUCAUUGAAGGAGAAACUGGAUCUGGUAAAACAACACAAAUUCCUCAGUUUUUACACGAAGCAGGUUUUACAGAUAAUAAAAUGAAAAUUGGAUGUACACAGCCAAGACGAGUAGCCGCAAUGUCGGUAGCAGCAAGAGUUGCAGACGAAAUGAAUUUUAAACUCGGUAACGAAGUCGGAUACAGUAUUCGUUUCGAAGAUUGCACAUCUGAGAGAACUUUAAUAAAAUAUAUGACUGAUGGAAUGUUAUUGAGAGAAUUUCUUUCAGAACCUGAUUUAGGAUCAUAUUCAGUUAUGAUUAUAGAUGAAGCUCACGAACGUACCUUGCAUACUGAUGUAUUAUUUGGUUUAGUUAAAGACAUUGCCCGAUUCCGACCAGAUUUAAAAUUGUUAAUUUCUUCCGCGACUUUGGAUGCUGAAAAAUUUUCAGAGUUUUUUGAUGAUGCUCCCGUGUUCAGAAUUCCAGGACGUCGAUUUCCUGUAGAUAUAUAUUAUACUAAAGCUCCCGAAGCUGACUAUAUAGAUGCUGCCGUUGUUUCUGUCUUACAAAUUCAUAGUACACAACCUAAAGGAGACAUUUUAGUUUUUAUGACAGGACAGGAAGAAAUUGAUACUGCAACGGAAGUUCUUAUGGAAAGAACGAAACGUCUUGGAUCCAGAAUAAAAGAGUUAAUAAUAUGUCCUAUUUAUGCAAAUUUACCUAGUGAUCUUCAAGCUAAAAUUUUUGACCCAACCCCUCCUGAAUCAAGAAAAGUUGUUUUAGCGACAAACAUUGCCGAAACUUCAAUUACCAUUGAUGGAAUUGUCUAUGUUAUUGACCCAGGUUUCUCUAAGCAAAAAAGUUAUAAUGCCAGAACUGGUAUGGAGUCUCUGAUAGUUACACCGAUAUCUAAAGCCAAUGCUAAUCAAAGGGCCGGACGAGCUGGUAGAGUAUCAGCCGGAAAAUGUUUUAGAUUAUAUACUGCUUGGGCAUACAAACACGAAUUGGACGAAAAUACCAUUCCUGAAAUUCAAAGAACUAAUCUUGGAAAUGUUGUUAUACUCUUAAAAUCUUUGGGGAUAAAUGAUUUACUUCAUUUUGACUUUAUGGAUCCUCCACCACAUGAAACUUUAGUCAUAGCGUUGGAGCAACUUUAUGCAUUGGGAGCAUUAAAUCAUAUGGGAGAGUUGACGAAACUUGGUCGAAGAAUGGCUGAAUUUCCUCUCGAUCCAAUGCUCUCAAAAAUGCUUAUUGCAUCUGAAAAAUACAAAUGUUCGGAAGAAAUAUUAACAGUUGCCGCCAUGCUAUCAGUGAACAAUGCAAUUUUCUAUAGACCAAAAGAUAAGAUAGUUCAUGCUGAUACUGCCAGAACAAAUUUCUUUAAGCCUGGUGGAGAUCAUUUAACUCUCUUAAACGUUUACAAUCAAUGGGUUGAGACAAAUUAUUCAACUCAAUGGUGUUUCGAAAACUUUAUUCAGCAUCGGUCGAUGAAAAGAGCGAGAGAUGUAAGAGAUCAAUUAGAAGGAUUAUUGCAAAGAGUUGAAAUAGACAUACUUUCCAGCACCGAUUCAGUUGAUAUAAGAAAAGCCAUAACUGCUGGAUUUUUUUACCAUACCGCAAGACUAGGUAAAGGUGGCCAAUAUAAAACUGUUAAACAUCAGCAAACAGUUAUGAUUCAUCCAAAUUCAUCACUUUUCGAAACUCAACCAAGAUGGAUUGUUUAUCACGAAUUAGUAUUUACAACAAAAGAAUAUAUGAGACAAGUUUCAGAAAUUGAAAAUAAUUGGUUGUUAGAAGUAGCUCCCCAUUACUAUAAACAGAAAGAGCUUGAAGAUAAUUCCAAUAAAAAGUUGCCUAAAACAGUUGGCAAAAGUUGUUAGCAGAUUGAUAAACAAUAGAAGAGUUCAAGAGCAUAGAUGUCUAACCGAAGUUCAGACCUAACAAAUAUUGUUUUGCUAAAUAUUGAUUGAUAUUUAGGAAAAGCUAGGAUAAACGAUGUCUGAUAAAAUUUAUCAUUUAAUUUUUAGAUGGACAAGACGAUGAUGAGUUUUGUUGAGUUAAAAGUUAGACCUUGAAUAUAAGAUAUAUGCUAAAUUACAGGAAAGUGACAUAUAUCAUAGUUAAUACUUUAUCAUCAAAGGACUGUUUGGUGUAAGAUAUUUGAUGCGUCGUCUGCUCUAUUUUCCAUUCAAAAUCAUGUAAAUUAACUAUUUUUAUGUCUUCUCCAUGAC